UCUUUCAAUAUUUUGUGGAUUCUGGUUCGUCCUCCUAUCUUCUUAUAAAUAGCCUGCGACCCAAGCAAACAAGAGUCACAAGCAAAACCAAACUCCAACUCCCGGUUUAAGUAAAACGAAAAAAAAAAUGGACAAGGUUAUGAGAAUGUCGUCGGAAAAAGGAGUGGUUAUAUUCACCAAGAGCUCCUGUUGUUUGUCCUACGCGGUUCAAGUCCUCUUCCAAGAUCUCGGUGUUAGCCCUAAGAUCAACGAGAUCGACAAGGACCCCGAAUGCCGGGAGAUAGAGAAGGCACUAUUGAGGCUAGGUUGUUCAAAGCCCAUUCCAGCAGUCUUCAUUGGUGGUAAGCUCGUUGGUUCCACCAACGAAGUCAUGUCCAUGCACCUAAGCAGCUCCUUGGUUCCCUUAGUAAAACCAUAUCUAUGUUAAAAAGAAAAUGUCGGAACAUAUUUCAAUAAGGAAAAAAAUUGAGACAAAUCUUUUGUA